CUCAGGGAAAAUUAUUAUAGACUUUCUCUUCGUUCUAGCAGAUUUGAUCGAUUGCAGAUAAUCUUAGUAUUUGGAAUUGUAGAAGAAGAAGAAGUUGUAAUAGUCUUUGUUAAUAGAACUAGGUUUUACCCGAAUCUUUAGUUUUUUUUUUUUUUAGUAUAAACAUCUCUUAGUUAGUUGACCUCUAAUUUUCUGUGGUGGUUCCACUACUUCAAGGUGUUGGUUUCAGUGGUAACGAUCAUCCAGUUUUUUUUAAUUGACUCGGUAGAGUUUAGGGAUCAUGGAUAUAGAUGAUGUUCAUAUAUUGGAUCCUGAGCUCUUGCAGCUUCCUGGUUUGUCCGUUAAAUCAAAUCCUCAUAUUGCUGAGGAACUCUUCUCCCACUGGCUUUCCCUCCCUGAGACUUCCCGUUUGGUCAAGUCUUUGAUUGAUGAUACGAAAUCUAGUACACCAGUCAGUAUAUCCAAGAAUUGUGCCAAUCUCAAUAUAGCUUGUGGAAGUGCUUUGCCAUCUGUUUUUCUCAACAGCGGCACUCCUCCACUUUCCCCACGAGGCUCAUCUGGGUCUCCUCGUUUCUCAAGGCAGAAGAGUAGCCCUUUUUCUCUGCAGUCUCCUCUUAGAUCACUCAGGGAACCACCAAAGCCCCAACUCAUCCCUCAGUUUUACUUUCAACAUGGACCUCCACCGGCGAAAGAACUAAAGGAGCAAUGUAUAACCAUGGUUGAUCAUCUUUUUAGUAACUAUAUAGACGGACUUCGAACGGAUGAGUUCAAAACCGUUACGAAAGAGGUCUGCAAGUUGCCUUCAUUUCUUUCUUCUCUACUCUUUAGAAAGAUAGAUGUUAAUUCCACCGGUAUCGUUACAAGGGAUGCAUUUAUCAAGUAUUGGGUUGAUGGACAUAUGUUGGCAAUGGACGUAGCCUCACAGAUAUAUAAUAUUUUAAGGCAGCCAGGAUGCAAGUACCUCAGACAGGUUGACUUCAAACCAGUUCUUGAUGAGCUACUAGAAACUCACCCUGGCUUGGAAUUCCUGAGGAAUACACCUGAGUUUCAAGAAAGAUAUGCUGAGACCGUCAUCUACAGAAUAUUUUACGACAUAAACAGAUCAGGAACUGGUUGCAUUACCCUUAGAGAGCUGAAGCGUGGGAAUCUUAUUGCGGCUAUGCAACAAGUUGAUGAAGAAGACGACAUCAACAAGGUUAUUAGGUACUUUUCCUAUGAGCAUUUCUACGUUAUCUACUGCAGAUUUUGGGAACUUGAUGGCGACCAUGAUUUCCUUAUCGACAAGGAAAAUCUACUCAAAUAUGGUAACCAUGCCCUUACCUACAGGAUUGUCGACAGAAUAUUUUCACAGGUCCCAAGGAAAUUUACUAGCAAAGUUGAGGGGAAAAUGAGUUAUGAAGAUUUUGCAUACUUCAUUCUCGCUGAGGAGGACAAGUCAUCUGAGCCUAGUCUUGAGUAUUGGUUCAAGUGCAUAGACCUGGAUGCAGAUGGAGUGAUGAGUCCAAACGAAAUGCAGUUUUUCUAUGAAGAGCAGCUGCAUCGCAUGGAAUGCAUAACUCAGGAGCCUGUACUCUUCGAGGAUAUCCUAUGCCAAAUAUUCGACAUGAUUAAACCAGAGAAGGAGAACUGUAUCACACUCCAGGAUCUAAAAGCAUCAAAACUUUCUAGAAAUGUUUUCAAUAUACUCUUCAACCUGAACAAAUUCAUGGCGUUUGAGACUCGUGACCCUUUUCUCAUUCGCCAGGAGAGGGAGAAUCCAACGUUGACAGAAUGGGACCGGUUUGCGCAGAGAGAGUAUGUGAGGUUAUCAAUGGAAGAAGAUGAAGUCUCGAAUGGGAGUGCAGAUGUUUGGGAUGAACCACUCGAAUCUUCGUUUUAG